UUCGAGACACCACGUCCGAUCGAAUCUCGGAACCCUCGCCGCGGCCGCAGCUAGCCAUGGAGAACAAGGAAAAGUGCGUGCGUGAUCCAGCAAAUUAGAUCGUCCCAUUCCUUGUUUCCGAUACGGGUUUUAGCCAGCAAGCUAUAUAUGUGUACACCCGCGUGCGUCUUCGCUCCUUCUCGUUCUCCCGAAAAGAAAAAAACAGAGCCUUCGCUCGUUGGUUUCCGAUCCAUACACACCACGAUCGAUUCAAUCUCGAGCGGAACCCUCGCCGUCGCCAGCCGCGGCGGCCAUAUGGCGAACAAGGACCUCACCUUCCCACAGGUGGUCUUCAACCCCUCCACUCCGACCUACCGCCGGCACACUAUCGCCUGGACUUCCACCUCGAACCCGCUGCUGCACUUGGACGACGAGCCGCCGCUUCUCGACGAGCUGGACACCCCGACCGAAUCUCUCCCUCGCCGAGGCGGAACCCUCGCCGCCGCCGCUGCAGCCAUGGUGAACAGAUACCUCCCCUUCUUCCAAGGGGUGGUACUCAACCAGGCCACGCCGACCCACCACCGUAUCCCCGGGAACGGGAACGUCGCCGCCAACUUCGACGACGAGCCGCCGCUUCUGGAGGAGCUCGACAUCGACACGGGUCUCAUCUGGCGGAAGGCGGUCUCCAUCCUCCACCCGCUCCGCUCCGUGGACCCGUCCCUCCACGCGGACGCAGACCUCUCCGGCCCCGUGCUGAUCCUACUCUCCUUGGCCCUCUUCCAGCUGCUGGCCGGGAAGCUCCACUUCGGGAUCGUCCUCGGCUGGGCCACCGCCGCGUCCUUCUUCCUCUACUUCAUCUCCUCCAUGCUGCUCUCGCCGGGACGAGGAGGCCGUGGCGACCUCAGCCUCUACAGGUGUGCCAGCCUGCUAGGAUACUGCAUGCUCUCCAUGACCAUCUUCUCCGCCGUCUCCAUCUUCCUGCCGCGGGGCGGCGGGCUCAUCUUCGUGGUGGGCAUGGGAUUCGUGAUGUGGUCCACCAGAGUCUGCAGCAGGCUGCUGGUAGCUUGUAGCGGCCAUGGCGAUGAGCAUCGGGGGCUCAUUGCCUACCCGUGCUUCCUCGUCUUCAUGCGCUUCUCCCUGCUCGUCAUCUUUUGAUGCUAGCUGUUUUUGGCUGCAGAUCAUGCUCAGAAAUCUUUUGCCAUGUGGAGUGUACAACUGCCUUUGAUCAGUCAUUGGAGAGGUUCUGAUGUGAUGCUACAAAACUAUUGAUGAUCUACUCAGUUGGUUGUAAUGAUCUAAUUGGUAGAGAAAAGAAAGCCAGAAUCAGGAGUUCAUGAUAGUCAUCAACAAAGUAUAAACAAUCAGGUCUCGCUUAAGUGUUGAUGUUUUUUUUUGUGAAAAGGAGGUUAA